AUGUAAAAUGAGAAAGAUUAAAUACAUAGUCCCUUAUUAUAGAAUCAUCGAGAAUCAGAAUAAAGAGCAUAAAUGAUAGAGAUGCAAGUUUUUAGAAGUUUGGAAUUGAAUGAUUUUGAAAAGCAUUAAAAAAAAGAUGAAAUUUUAGAAAUAGAAUCUAAUAAAUUAUAAUAGAUAUUGGAAGCUAAAAGUUAAUGGAAAACACUUUUAAAAGGAUGGAGGAAAGACGGAAAUAAAUAAUAGCAAAAUGAUGAUAAUUAUUUUGGAUUUUAAUAUAAUAAAUUAUUAGAAAUCUUUGAUAUGAAUUAAAUAUUAAAAGAAGCUUAAAGCACUUUAACAAAACAUGAUAAAGAGAAAGACUUAAAAGAGAAAAAAUUAAAAAUUUAGAUUGACAAAUUAAAUUAAUUAGGAGGCAUUUAUGGUUUAUAGAACUUUUUGAAGACUUGUAUAAAGUAAGGUUUGGAUGAUAGUAAUGAUUAUGACUUGAAAAUGAGAGAAAAGUAUUUUGGAAAGAAUGAAAAACCUUAAAUAGCUAUUAAAAGUGUACUGUAAAUAAUAAUUGAAUAAUUUCAAAAAGAAAGAUUAUUUUAGUUAUUAUUGAUAAUAACAACUAUCAAUAUUAUAAUAUAUUUUCAUGAAGAUAUGUAGAUCUACUUAUUUUACAUAAUAAUGUUAAUAAUAAUGGUUGUAUAUAAGGGAGUGAUAAAAUAAUAAUAUAAUAAAGAGAUAGUAUAACAUUAAAAUGAUAUUAAAGAGAGGAGUAAACACUUAAUAAAGCGUUGUAAUGUAUUAAGAAAUGGUGAUGAUACAAUUUAAAUUCAUAAUAGUUAAUUAGUGGUUGGGGAUAUAUUGAUAUUCAAAUAAGGAGAUUUUAUAUAAUGUGAUGGCAUAAUAACAAAGUUAUCUAAUUGUAAUGGGAUAGAAGUAUUAUAACCAUUUCCUAAUUUAUUUAAUACUCAUGAAGUCAAAAAUAUAGAUGAAGUUAAAGAAUCAAAUUGUUCUUCAAAUGAUGAAUAAAUGCAAUCAAAUAUAAGUUUGAUUGAUAAUUUUAUAUUUGCUGGUUCUCAAAUAAUAAAAGGAUCUGGAUAAUUACUUGUAUGCAGUGUUGGAUAACAAUCAUCUGAUUAUAUAUAAUAUAAGUAAUCUUUUUUAGAAGAUACAAAGACAGAGAAAUAAAGAACAACUUAUAUGAAAUAGAAUUCUAUGUAUAAUCCAUUUGCUUUUAAGAUUGAAUCACUUAUGAAUAAAAUUGGUAUACAAUGUAUUAUAAGUUUACUUAUAUUAUUGAUAAUAUUACUUUUUAGGAAUACUUAUUUAAUUAAUAUUACUCAAAUACUAUUAUAUUUAUCAUAAUUAUCAAUUAUUACUAUUCCAUCUUAAUUACUUUAAUUAAUCAAUUUAUUUAUGAUCUAUGUAAUAAAGAAAUGUAGAUAAAGAAGUAUUUAUAUAUAAGAUUAUCUAUCAUUAUAUUGGUUGGGGUAGGUAAAUGAGAUGAUUAUAGAUAAAAUAGAUAAUAAAGUAACUAUGUUUAGUAAAUCAUAAAUAAAUAUUAGACUUUUCACUUAAUUAUAAUUGGAAGAAGUUUAAAAAACAGCAAUUUAAUCAGGUCUUGUAAAAGAAGAUGAAAUAGAUGAUAAAUAUAUAGAAGGAACUUUAUUAAGUAGUAGUUUUGAAUAGAAAAAUAAAUUUGUAUUUUUAAGUAGAAGACUUACUUGUCCUACUUUGGAUCAUUUAAAAUUAGAAAAGAUUCAAUCAAGUAAGACUUUGGAAUGGUUAGAAUAAUAAAAGUAAAAAUUCUAAUUUUAAGGAAUUAUUGAUUAAUAAAAACUUUAUGAGGAAAUUAAAAAUAAAAAUAUUAUUAUUGGAGGAAAUGCUGAUAGAAAAGAACAAUUAAUUAAUCUACUUAAACUAUAUGAUAAAAUUAUAUUUAUAAAAGGAGAAGAAAAUGAUGGAAAAGCAAUGGAAAUGGCUCAUGUAAGUAUUGGACCUCAUGAAUCUAGAUCAUGCAUCAAAUUAUUUAAUCAUCUCGAAUAAACUGAUUAUAGUUAUAUAUCCUCCAUGUAUGAAUGUAUUAGUUAAGGAAGAGCAGUAUAUUUCUAUAUAUUGUCUUAUUCUUAUGCUUUGGCUUGUACAUCAUAAACUAUUAUGAUAUUUGCAAUAGCUUCUGCUAUAUUAUCUGAUAACAUUUAUAUUAUGCCAAUUCCAACCUUUAUCAUCUUCUAUUUAGCUUUGAAUCAUUUUUCACAUUAAGUAUAAAAAUAAUGUAAUUUGGAUGUGUAAAAAUAUGUAAUGCAUAGAGGUCCUUAUACUAAAUAAGGUAGAAUUAUUGAUAGAAAUACAAUGAGAAAAUUAUAUAAAUUGCAUUCUAUUUUAAUUGUUGAAUUACUAAUUGCCUAUUAUUAUGGAUAUUUUCAAUCUGUUUAAGAUGUUUAUAUAGGAUUACUAUUUAGCAAACAUGUAUUUAUUAUGGUUAGACCUAUUAAAUAAGUGUUAUAAUAAAUUGAAGGUAUUAUAUAUGGGUUGAUAAUAAAUUUAAUUAAUUAAUUUAUAAAUUAGUCAAAUUAAGAUUAUCAUAGUAUCUCAGUACUCUUGAGAAAUUAUUCAAUUGGUUUAAUUGUUGUAGCAUUUAAUUUAUUUGUUGGUUAUAGAUGA